AUGGUGCAGAGCGGUGCAGAAGGAAUCCGCAAGCUUAUUUGGACUUGUAUGGUGCAGAGCAGUGUAGAGAGGUGCAGAAGGGUGCGGAAGGAAUCCGCAAGCUUAUUUGAACUGGUAUGGUGCAGAGCGGUGCAGGAGGGUGCAGAGGGGUGCAGAAGUAAUCCGAGAGCUUAUUUGAACUUGUAUGGUGCAGAGCAGUGCAGAGAGGUGCAGGAGGAACCCGCAAGCUUAUGUGGACUUGUAUGGUGCAGAGCGGUGCAGGAGGGUGCAGAGGGGUGCAGAAGGAAUCCGCAAGCUUAUUUGGACUUGUAUGGUGCAGAGCAGUGUAGGAGGAGCAGUGCAGAGAGGUGCAGGAGGAACCCGCAAGCUUAUGUGGACUUGUAUGGUGCAGAGCGGUACAGAAGGGUGCAGAAGGAAUCCGCAAGCUUAUUUGGACUUGUAUGGUGCAGAGCGGUGCAGAGAGGUGCAGAAGGGUGCAGAAGGAACCCACAAGCUUAUUUGAACUUGUAUGGUGCAGAGCGGUGCAGAGAGGUGCGGAAGGAAUCCGCAAGCUUAUUUGAACUGGUAUGGUGCAGAGCGGUGCAGAGAGGUGCAGAAGGGUGCAGAAGGAAUCCACAAGCUUAUUUGGACUUGUAUGGUGCAGAGCGGUGCAGAGAGGUGCAGAAGGGUGCAGAAGGAAUCCGCAAGCUUAUUUGGACUUGUAUGGUGCAGAGCGGUGCAGAGAGGUGCAGAAGGUGCAGAAGGAAUCCACAAGCUUAUUUGGACUUGUAUGGUGCAGAGCGGUGCAGAGCGGUGCAGAGAGGUGCAGGAGGAACCCGCAAGCUUAUGUGGACUUGUAUGGUGCAGAGCGGUACAGAAGGGUGCAGAAGGAAUCCGCAAGCUUAUUUGGACUUGUAUGGUGCCGAGCAGUGCAGAGAGAGCGGUGCAGAGAGGUGCAGGAGGAACCCGCAAGCUUAUGUGGACUUGUAUCAUGCAGAGCGGUACAGAAGGGUGCAGAAGGAAUCCGCAAGCUUAUUUGGACUUGUAUGGUGCAGAGCGGUGCAGAGAGGUGCAGGAGGAACCCGCAAGCUUAUGUGGACUUGUAUGGUGCAGAGCGGUACAGAAGGGUGCAGACGGAAUCCACAAGCUUAUUUGGACUUGUAUGGUGCAGAGCGGUGCAGAGAGGUGCAGGAGGGUGCAGGAGGAAUCCGCAAGCUUAUUUGGACUUGUAUGGUGCAGAGCGGUGCAGAGAGGUGCAGAAGGGUGCAGAAGGAAUCCACAAGCUUAUUUGGACUUUGCAGAGCGGUGCAGAGAGGUGCAGGAGGAACCCGCAAGCUUAUGUGGACUUGUAUGGUGCAGAGCGGUACAGAAGGGUGCAGAAGGAAUCCGCAAGCUUAUUUGAACUUGUAUAGUGCAGAGCGGUGCAGAGAGGUGCAGGAGGAACCCGCAAGCUUAUGUGGACUUGUAUGGUGCAGAGCGUGCAGAGCGGUGCAGAGAGGUGCAGGAGGAACCCGCAAGCUUAUUUGGACUUGUAUGGUGCAGAGGGGUGCAGAAGGGUGCAGAAGGAAUCUGCAAGCUUAUCUGGACCUGUAUGGUGCAGAGCAGUGCAGAGAGGUGCAGAAGGGUGCCGAAGGAAUCCGCAAGCUUAUUUGGACUUGUAUGGUGCAGAGCGGUGCAGAAGGGUGCAGACGGAAUCCACAAGCUAAGUCGAACUUAGAGGUGCAGAAGGGUGCAGAAGGAAUCCGCAAGCUUAUUUGGACUUGUAUGGUGCAGAGCGGUGCAGAAGGGUGCAGAAGGAAUCCGCAAGCUUAUUUGGACUUGUAUGGUGCAGAGCAGUGCAGAGAGGUGCAGAAGGGUGCAGAAGGAAUCUGCAAGCUUAGUUGGACUUGUAUGGUGCAGAGCAGUGCAGGAGGGUGCAGAGGGGUGCAGAAGGAAUCCGCAAGCUUAUUUGGACUUGUAUGGUGCAGAGUGGUGCAGAGAGGUGCAGAAGGGUGCGGAAGGAAUCCGCAAGUUUAUUUGGACUUAGCGGUGCAGAGAGGUGCAGAAGGGUGCAGAAGGAAUCCGCAAGCUUAUUUGGACUUGUAUGGUGCAGAGCGGUACAGAAGGGUGCAGAAGGAAUCCGCAAGCUUAUUUGGACUUGUAUGGUGCAGAGCCGUGCAGAGAGGUGCAGAAGGGUGCAGAAGGAACCCGCAAGCUUAUUUGAACUUGUAUGGUGCAGAGCGGUGCAGAGAGAUGCAGAAGGGUGCAGAAGGAAUCCGCAAGCUUAUUUGGACUUGUAUGGUGCAGAGCGGUGCAGAAGGGUGCAGAAGGAAUCCGCAAGCUUAUUUGAACUUGUAUGGUGCAGAGCGGUGCAGAGAGGUGCAGAAGGGUGCAGAAGGAACCCGCAAGCUUAUUUGGACUUGUAUGGUGCAGAGCGGUGCAGAAGGGUGCAGAAGGAAUCCGCAAGCUUAUUUGAACUUGUAUAGUGCAGAGCGGUGCAGAGAGGUGCAGGAGGAACCCGCAAGCUUAUGUGGACUUGUAUCGUGCAGAGCGGUGCAGAAGGGUGCAGAAGGAAUCCGCAAGCUUAUUUGGACUUGUAUGGUGCAGAGCCGUGCAGAGAGGUGCAGAAGGGUGCAGAAGGAACCCGCAAGCUUAUUUGAACUUGUAUGGUGCAGAGCGGUGCAGAGAGAUGCAGAAGGGUGCAGAAGGAAUCCGCAAGCUUAUUUGGACUUGUAUGGUGCAGAGCGAGCGGUGCAGAGAGGUGCAGGAGGAACCCGCAAGCUUAUGUGGACUUGUAUCGUGCAGAGCGGUGCAGAAGGGUGCAGAAGGAAUCCGCAAGCUUAUUUGGACUUGUAUGGUGCAGAGCAGUGCAGAGAGGUGCAGGAGGAACCCGCAAGCUUAUGUGGACUUGUAUGGUGCAGAGCGGUACAGAAGGGUGCAGAAGGAAUCCGCAAGCUUAUUUGGACUUGUAUGGUGCCGAGCAGUGCAGAGAGGUGCAGAAGGGUGCAGAAGGAAUCCGCAAGCUUAUUUGGACUUGUAUGGUGCAGAGCGGUGCAGAGAGAUGCAGAAGGGUGCAGAAGGAAUCCGCAAGCUUAUUUGGACUUGUAUGGUGCAGAGCGAGCGGUGCAGAGAGGUGCAGAAGGGUGCAGAAGGAAUCCGAGAGCUUAUUUGGACUUGUAUGGUGCAGAGCGGUGCAGAGAGGUGCAGAAGGGUGCAGAAGGAAUCCACAAGCUUAUUUGGACUUGUAUGGUGCAGAGCGGUGCAGAAGGGUGCAGAAGGAAUCCGCAAGCUUAUUUGAACUUGUAUGGUGCAGAGCGGUGCAGAGAGGUGCAGAAGGGUGCAGAAGGAACCCGCAAGCUUAUUUGGACUUGUAUGGUGCAGAGCGGUGCAGAGAGGUGCAGGAGGGUGCAGGAGGAAUCUGCAAGCUUAGUUGGACUUGUAUGGUGCAGAGCAGUGCAGGAGGGUGCAGAGGGGUGCAGAAGGAAUCCGCAAGCUUAUUUGGACUUGUAUGGUGCAGAGUGGUGCAGAGAGGUGCAGAAGGGUGCAGAGUGGUGCAGAGAGAGCGGUGCAGAGAGAUGCAGAAGGGUGCAGAAGGAAUCCGCAAGCUUAUUUGGACUUGUAUGGUGCAGAGCGAGCGGUGCAGAGAGGUGCAGGAGGAACCCGCAAGCUUAUGUGGACUUGUAUCGUGCAGAGCGGUGCAGAAGGGUGCAGAAGGAAUCCGCAAGCUUAUUUGGACUUGUAUGGUGCAGAGCAGUGCAGAGAGGUGCAGGAGGAACCCGCAAGCUUAUGUGGACUUGUAUGGUGCAGAGCGGUACAGAAGGGUGCAGAAGGAAUCCGCAAGCUUAUUUGGACUUGUAUGGUGCAGAGCAGUGCAGAGAGGUGCAGAAGGGUGCAGAAGGAAUCCGCAAGCUUAUUUGGACUUGUAUGGUGCAGAGCGGUGCAGAGAGGUGCAGAAGGGUGCAGAAGGAAUCCACAAGUUUAUUUGGACUUGUAUGGUGCAGAGCGGUGCAGAAGGGUGCAGAAGGAAUCCGCAAGCUUAUUUGGACUUGUAUGGUGCAGAGCAGUGCAGAGAGGUGCAGAAGGGUGCAGAAGGAAUCUGCAAGCUUAGUUGGACUUGUAUGGUGCAGAGCAGUGCAGGAGGGUGCAGAGGGGUGCAGAAGGAAUCCGCAAGCUUAUGUGGACUUGUAUCGUGCAGAGCGGUGCAGAAGGGUGCAGAAGGAAUCCGCAAGCUUAUUUGGACUUGUAUGGUGCAGAGCGGUGCAGAGAGGUGCAGGAGGAACCCGCAAGCUUAUGUGGACUUGUAUGGUGCAGAGCGGUACAGAAGGGUGCAGAAGGAAUCCGCAAGCUUAUUUGGACUUGUAUGGUGCAGAGCAGUGCAGAGAGGUGCAGAAGGGUGCAGAAGGAAUCCGCAAGCUUAUUUGGACUUGUAUGGUGCAGAGCGGUGCAGAGAGGUGCAGAAGGGUGCAGAAGGAAUCCACAAGUUUAUUUGGACUUGUAUGGUGCAGAGCGGUGCAGAAGGGUGCAGAAGGAAUCCGCAAGCUUAUUUGGACUUGUAUGGUGCAGAGCAGUGCAGAGAGGUGCAGAAGGGUGCAGAAGGAAUCUGCAAGCUUAGUUGGACUUGUAUGGUGCAGAGCAGUGCAGGAGGGUGCAGAGGGGUGCAGAAGGAAUCCGCAAGCUUAUGUGGACUUGUAUCGUGCAGAGCGGUGCAGAAGGGUGCAGAAGGAAUCCGCAAGCUUAUUUGGACUUGUAUGGUGCAGAGCGGUGCAGAGAGGUGCAGGAGGAACCCGCAAGCUUAUGUGGACUUGUAUGGUGCAGAGCGGUACAGAAGGGUGCAGAAGGAAUCCGCAAGCUUAUUUGGACUUGUAUGGUGCAGAGCAGUGCAGAGAGGUGCAGAAGGGUGCAGAAGGAAUCCGCAAGCUUAUUUGGACUUGUAUGGUGCAGAGCGGUGCAGAGAGGUGCAGAAGGGUGCAGAAGGAAUCCACAAGUUUAUUUGGACUUGUAUGGUGCAGAGCGGUGCAGAAGGGUGCAGAAGGAAUCCGCAAGCUUAUUUGGACUUGUAUGGUGCAGAGCAGUGCAGAGAGGUGCAGAAGGGUGCAGAAGGAAUCUGCAAGCUUAGUUGGACUUGUAUGGUGCAGAGCAGUGCAGGAGGGUGCAGAGGGGUGCAGAAGGAAUCCGCAAGCUUAUGUGGACUUGUAUCGUGCAGAGCGGUGCAGAAGGGUGCAGAAGGAAUCCGCAAGCUUAUUUGGACUUGUAUGGUGCAGAGCGGUGCAGAGAGGUGCAGGAGGAACCCGCAAGCUUAUGUGGACUUGUAUGGUGCAGAGCGGUGCAGAAGGGUGCAGAAGGAAUUCAAGAGGUUAUUUGGACCUGUAUGGUGCAGAGCAGUGCAGAAGGGUGCACAGAAAAUCUGUCAACAUAUUUGUUGUGUAUACCUGCCCAGAUUCACGAUGUUGA